AUGUCGCUUUUUGCGGCGAGCUUCGAUACGCUGAAGAAGCGGACCACGCAGCUAUUGGAUAAUCUGGACAAGCAAAAGGAUGACAAGAGCGCGCCGGAGACACAGGACUUUGGCAUCGACAUUCCGUAUCCUCAGGUGGCUGCAGCAAUGGGCUGUCGUGAGGACAACAUCCUCGUGAGCUACGAGGUUCAGAACGACGCCAAGGACCGCGAAAUGGCCCUGUACGUAAUGCCCCUGGGAGGUGCAAUCAGUGUCACAGUCGCGAUGGUGCGGGCUUCGUUUCCAUUGCCUGGCAAUUACCAUCUUCGAUUCAAGGCGCCAACAGCAGACGGAUCCUUCGGCGGAUGGGUGUGGAUAGACCUAGCCUCCGACCAAGACCUCGUGCCAGUGUUUAACGGCGGCGUCGCCGUGAAGGCCUUGCGAUUGCCGGAUGGCAGCCCUGGCAGCCCAAGCCGUGCUCCAUCGCAGGCUUCUAGGAGUCGACCUGCCACCUCCGCUCAGGGAGCCUCUCCACACGGCGUUGGGGACCUGAUGGAGCUGGACCUCUCCAAAGGUUCGCGCAAGGAUGCCCAGGCCAAAGCCAAGGCGCCCGGGCCCCAACCACCGGUGCAGUUGGACAGGGCAAAGCUGGUCGCCGAACGGCAGGCCAGAGAAAAGCGCGAGUACGAGGAGAAGAUCAAGAGGCAUGAAGAGCAGAAGAAAAGAGAUGCACAGUCCAAGAAGGAGAAGCUUGAGCUUAACGAUGUCCUGUCUAAGGAGUUGAACGACUGGGCAAAGACACCCGACGGCCAGUCCUACAAGGAGAUCAGGACUCUGCUGAGCACCAUGCACUCCGUAACUUGGGAGGGUGCAAGUUGGCAGCCCCUCAACCUAUCGGAGUUAGUGGCAGACAGCAACAUCAAGAAGUAUUACCGCAAAGCUAUCCUCAUGGCUCAUCCAGAUCGCCAUCAGUCCGCCAGUUCGGAGCAGCAGGUCCGAGCAGAUCGCAUCUUCAAUGCUUUGAACGAGUCCUUCAAGUCUUUUACAAGCUCCUGA